CCUUCAUGUAGGUCUUGCCUCAGCCGGCGCAUGGGUAAACUCAAUGCGGUUGCGAUGGACGGUUCUCGCCGUGACGACGAUCACGCUGCUCUCUGUGUGGCUCACCUUCCUGCAGCUGUCGCAGCAACAGUCGCAGCAGCCGCAAUCCCCGACCCCGCACCGGCCGGCGCGGCAAGAAGCCACCCUGGGACUGGGGCAGGACUCUUCAUCCCACGAAGACUUGUUAGUUCAUCUUUGCAUUUGCAGCGACGAUCCGGACUUCCGCCCCACGGUGGUAGCCAUCCGCUCCGCGGUGGCGGCCUCUCAGCAGGCGGAGCGCUUCGUGUUCCACUUCAUCACCACCACCGAACUGGCAGUGCGUUUCUCCAAGGUGGCGAAGCUGCAGCUCCCGGGGAUCCGCAUUGAGGUGCACGCCGACGAGGCACUGGAGAUGGCCAUCCAGGGCCGCAUCGAGUUCCGGCCCAGCUCAGGUCGGAAGAACCUCGCCAGCGCCUUCAACUUUGCUCCGUUCUACCUUCCUAAUUUCCUGGCGGCAUCUUACACCUUCAGCAGCCAAAGUCGCAGAUUGCUGUACAUGGAUGCCGACAUUGUCAUUCUGGCCGACCUCGCUGAACUUUAUGAUAUGGACAUGCAGGGCAGGCCUUGCGCUGCAGUUCCAUACUGCAAUCAGAAGUUGUCGACAUAUAUUAACUUCAAGCUCUUGAAGGAGCUUGGCCACGAAGGGAUCGACCCCGACGCGUGUAUCGCCAACCGUGGGCUGCUGCUGAUUGAUGUGCGAGCUUGGGCCUCCAUGAGGUUGACGGAGUCUAUCGAGGGGUGGCUUGAGCAGUACCGAACUGCUGAAGACGACCUUUGGGUGGGUGGCAUGUCCCAGCCUCCUUGGCUGCUGGCCAUCAACGGCAAUUACACGCACCUGGCGGAUGAUUGGAACUGCAACAGCUUGGGCCGGCAUUCCAUGGGUGCAUCAGAGGUCAAAGAGCUGCGGGCCCUAGGGUUCAUGGAUGAGCAUCUUGAAGUUCUGAGGGUUGAGUCUACCUCCUGGGGCAUUGUUCCCUAUGUGGUGGUCUGCAGCAACUCGGCCAAGCUUUUGCACUACAACGGUGCCAUGAAGCCUUGGCUGCUGGACAGCGACACCAUCCAAGUCCCCG